AUCUUAAAAGUCAAGUCAAGUGAACCAGGGAAUUUGAAGGGUACCAAUGAAAAGCCCCUUCCAUCGGAGCAAGGCAACAUGAGUCGUCAGAUUUCAGCAGGCAGCCAACGAAAUGCGCAAAGCCACUUUAACCACUAUAGUGCAAGCAGCUCAAGCUCCUGGUUCCAUUCUGGCUCCAAGAGCAGCAGGAACAUGUCUAACUUUGGAGGAAGGACAACUUUAUCCCUGUGUGGAGAUCACAAGAGUGGCACCUGUGGAAGUGGAAUCCAGGGAGUACCAAGGAGAUACAGCAUCCAGGGAAUACAUGUUGAUCCAAAGCUGUUGGAACCUUUCCAUGUCAGUAUCUCCCCCGAGAUCCAGAAAGUGAAAUGCAAAGAGAUGGAGCAGAUGAAGUCCCUUAAUAGCAAAUUUGCUGGUUUCAUUGAUAAGGUGCAGCGCCUGGAACAGAAGAACCAGCUGCUAGAAACUAAAUGGGCCUUCCUGCAGCAGCAAACCAAACCACCCACUGAAAGCUUAGAGUGUAUGUUUGAACAAUACAUUGCAAGCCUGAAGAAGGAGUUGGAAUAUUUGCAAUAUGAGAAGGAGAACCUGCAAAAUGAUCGUGAAAGUGCAAAGGCACAAACUGCAGAUUGCAAGUGCAAAUAUGAAGAGAAAGUCAAGCAGCAUGUUGCAGCAGAGAAAGAGAUUAUAGAACUUAGGAAGGAUGUAGACUACAUCUUUUCAAAUAAUGCAGAGCUGGAGCGGAAAGUCAGUCUCCUGGACCGAGAAAUCAAGUUCUUGAAAUGUGUAUAUAAGAAGGAGAAAGAACAGCUUGACAAACAAGAUCAAGAUGUGGAUGUGGUUGUGAAAAUGGACAACAGUAGAAACCUUGACAUGGACAACAUCAUAGCCAUGGUCCGAAAACAGUAUGAGGAAAUUAUGCAGAGAAGUAAAGCGGAGGCAGAUAAAUUUUACCAAAACAAGUAUGAAGAGGCUCAAAGUAAGAGUUCUAGUUACAAAUGGGAUCUGAAGAAUCGAGAGCAGCAGAUUUCAGAACUUAUCCAACAAGUUGAAAAAGUCCAGGGUGAAAUUCAGAGUCUGCAGAAGGAGAACGAAGAGCUCAAGAAGACAAUUUGUGAGGCAGCCAAAGGAGGUGAACAAGCCUCCAAAGAAGGUCAACAGAAAUAUGCUGAACUGGUAAAGGCCCUUCAAAAUGGCAAGGAUGAACUGGCCAGCCUAGUACGUGACUACCAGAAAGUUCUGAAUGUGAAGAUAGUUCUUGAUAUUGAGAUUGCAGCUUACAAAUGUUUGUUGGAGGGAGAAGAAGAGAGCUGUGACCAACUCCCCAUGCAGUUCUCAGAGUGCAGCAAAACAAGGAAAGAAAUGCAGUGA